CCCGCCCCUGGAGGCGGUGCAGGGCGCCGCUUCCUGCCGCGUGCGUGCGUCGCUGCGUGCGUGCGUGCGUGUGUGCGUGCGUGCCGCGAGCUCGCCGGGCACCGCGGCCUCGCCCUCGCCCUCCGCCCCUGCGCCUGCACCGCGUAGGGUGCCCCCGCCCCCACGCACUCCGCCGCGACCCCCGCCCGCGCCCCUCUGGCUUUUUUUUUUUUUUUUUAAAUUUAAAGGGGGCGUAGCAUUCACACUUCCCGCCUCAGGUGACUUCUCAGGGGUCUCCCAGCCAAAGGUGCCGCGCCGCCGAGGAACAUGGCGAAGGUGGAGCAGGUCCUGAGCCUCGAGCCGCAGCACGAGCUCAAAUUCCGAGGCCCUUUCACCGAUGUUGUCACCACCAACCUAAAGCUUGGCAACCCGACAGACCGAAAUGUGUGUUUUAAAGUGAAGACCACGGCGCCACGUAGGUACUGCGUGAGGCCCAACAGUGGGAUCAUUGACGCGGGGGCAUCCAUUAAUGUAUCUGUGAUGUUGCAGCCUUUCGAUUAUGAUCCCAAUGAGAAAAGUAAACACAAGUUUAUGGUUCAGUCUAUGUUUGCACCACCUGACACUUCUGAUAUGGAAGCAGCAUGGAAGGAGGCAAAACCAGAAGACCUUAUGGAUUCAAAACUUAGAUGUGUGUUUGAAUUGCCAGCAGAAAAUGAUAAACCACAUGAUGUAGAAAUAAAUAAAAUUAUACCCACAACUGCAUCAAAGACAGAAACACCAGCAGUGUCUAAGUCUCUGAGUCCUUCUUUGGAUGACACUGAAGUUAAGAAGGUGAUGGAAGAGUGUAAGCGGCUGCAAGGGGAAGUUCAGAGGCUGCGGGAGGAGAACAAGCACUUCAAGGAAGAAGAUGGCCUCCGGAUGAGGAAGACGGUGCCGAGCAACAGCCCGGUGUCUGUGCUUGCCACGGCCGGGAGGGAGGAGGGCCUCAGCACCCGGCUCUUGGCGCUGGUGGUCUUGUUCUUUAUCGUGGGUGUCAUUAUAGGGAAAAUCGCCUUGUAGAGGCCGCAUGCAAGGAUGGUCAGUUGGAUUGAUGGAGCUGUCAUCAUGGGAUUUAAAUUUAUCAUAACCAUGUGUAAAAAGAAAUUAAUGUAUGAUGACAUCUCACAGGUCUUGCCUUUAAUUACCCCUCCCCGUGCGUGCGCGCGCACGCACGCACACACACACACACACAGAUAUAAUAUAACAAGCUUUUAGAAAGUUUAAAAUGUAUAGUAAAUGAUUGGGGGAAAGAAUGAUCUUUAUUAAAUGACGAGGGAAACUGGGAUUC